AUUUGAGCUUACUUGUGAUCCAGAUCAAACAACUCUUUUAAUCGCCUUGCACUCGAUGCUCCUUAUUUAGCUGCGCAUUAACUGAAUCGGAGUGGCUUCUAUCGUAUAUUCAUCCCUAAGCUUAAUCUUCAUUCUCAUUUGUUUCCUUGCUGAGGCCGCUUUAUAACAGACAAUCGCCAUUUGCUUCUUCAGAUUUCGAACUCCAUUACUCUCGUGAUUAGGAGAAGGAGGUCAAGAGAGUAAGUUAACUAUGGAGAAAGAGAUCCAACGGUCCAUAACCUUGCGGAUAAGCCGGAGAGGAGACAGGAGUAAUCCAACAUCACAUUUUACAAAUGGUGAAGGUGGAUUCCUUUCAUCAGGAAAUUUUUCCAGUGAUUAUCCAUCGAGAAUAAUGUGGAAGCAUGGUUUUAUUCGUUUGGUUCUUGUAGCAGCUAUUUUGUGGAUGUUGCUGAUUCUUGUUGUACUAUUAUUUCAUGUUUGGUCUUGCCAAUCUUCUUACGCAUUCUUUUCAGCUAUAUGUAAUAAAGAAAGCAAGGUAUAUAAUGUUUUAAACACAUGGGGAUUUGUUGCACAGCAACACCGUUGUCCAAUCCCUGUAGCUAAUAAUCCCAACAAAAUAGUUAUUCCAGAAGGAGGAACUCCAGACAAAAUUGUUAAAAAUUUAUCAUAUUUUAUGGAGGAUGAGCUAGUGAAUAAUGGAUCUCAGCCAUCCCCAUUAUUUGGAGGACAUCAAAGCUGGUCACAAAGAGAGGAGAGUUUCAAGCUAAAUUCUUCUAUGAAGGUUCAUUGUGGUUUUAUGCGUGGUGGUGGCACUGAAAUGGAUCCCAUGGACAUCAAAUAUGUUAAUAAGUGUAGGUUUGCGGUUGCAUCUGGAAUUUUUGAUGGAUAUGACGUACCUCAUCAGCCUUCAAAUAUGAGUGACCGUUCUAAGAAACUGUUCUGCUUUCUUAUGGUGGUGGAUGAGGCUUCUCUUGAUUUCAUAAAGGAAAAUGCCACUAUAAGGGAGGACAGUGAUGGGGGACUAUGGGUUGGCAUGUGGCGUCUUGUUCUGCUGAAGCAUCCACCUUAUGAUGAGCCUAGAAGGAAUGGUAAAGUUCCCAAGAUUUUAACCCACAGGUUAUUUCCUCAAGCACAGUACAGCAUUUGGAUUGAUGGUAAAAUGGAGCUGAUAGUUGAUCCAUUAUUAAUUCUUGAAAGAUACUUAUGGCGUGGGAAGAAUACCUUUGCCAUUGCUCAACAUAAACACCAUCGCAGUAUAUAUGAGGAGGCUGAUGCAAACAAGCGGAGGAAACGAUAUGCACGACCCCUCAUUGAUCUUCACAUGAAAAUAUAUUAUUAUGAGGGAAUGGAGCCAUGGAGUUUGAAGAAAAGCACCAUUAGUGAUGUACCAGAGGGAGCUGUUAUUAUAAGGGAGCAUACAGCACUAAAUAACUUGUUUAGCUGCUUGUGGUUCAAUGAGGUCAACCUCUUCACUCCAAGAGACCAGUUAAGUUUUGGAUACGUUGUGGACAGAUUAGGAGGUGCAUUUAAGUUUUUUAUGUUUCCAAAUUGCGAGUACAAUUCACUGUUUGUGUUGCAUCCGCACACUAGAGAGCAUUCGUCAAAGGUAGAAUGGGUAAAAAGUUUAAGUGAAUUUAAGGGUAGUGGUAGCAAUAUGAAAGAGAGCAGAGGUGGAUUAGGACUGUGGACUCCUUAUCCUGGGGAACUUGAUUCAGUUAUGUUGCCGCAAGUUGUAAGAACAUCCAAAGCAGGCUGAGUUGCAUGUUGUUUUGCUCAUACGAUUGUGAACUUUGAAAUGAUAUUAUUUAAUCACUUAACAUAUCCCUUUUUUAUUA